AUGGCUUCUAUUCCCGUCGAGAGAGCACCUGGUGUUGUGCUUAUGGAGAAGAAGAAGAUUCAAACUGUUCGGACCCAAGCUGAUGCCAAGCUCGUGGGCGAUGGGAAGCAACUCUCAACGGGCUCGGAUGAGUUAUUUGAGGGUGUUUGUCCUGAUCCUCCUCGUCUCGUUCACAUGAGUGAGGAAGUACUAUCUUCAUUGGACAGCUACCACGAUUCACAGAAUUCUUCAUCCCAAUCAUCUUUCGGUCAAACAUCCAUUAAUAUACCCGAUAUAACAACAGCUCCUGCUUCUGUCAUAAGCCCUAUUGAGCCGAAGCCUCAGGAUCUUAUCACUCCUGUGCCUCGACUGCCCGUCUCUUUCAGCAACCGGUCUGACAAUAACCCGGAUGAUGGCUCUGGGCGAUCCUCUCCUUCCGUCCUAGAGAUUGCUGCUGAACCUACUCCUGCUGCUGCUUCUCAUCGUCGCCAACCUCCCGCGCCCCAGGUCGAGGACAACACCACUUUACAGCCCAAGGGAGAGAUAAUCACUGAAGAGAAUGUCGAACAUACGACACUCAUGAAGCGUGGCAAGAGAAAUGUCACUGCUCAAAAGUACAUCAUGACAGCCUCCCUCGUUUCCGUCAACUUCAUGUUUAUCUUCGCUUCUUGGUGGUGGCCCAAGUACUACUACGUCUACCUCCCUUUCAUCUCAUUCCCCCUCGUCCUCAAUUGCUGCAUGAUCGCUUCAAUUACCUUCUUCACCCUCCUCCGCGCCAUACGCCCCGAAAAGAUCAUCGAGUCCGACCACUUGGAGAACAUGAUCUACGUGAUACCCUGCUACAACGAGACCAUUGAAGAGUGCACCCGCUCGCUCGACUCGCUCGUCAUCCAGACCGGCAUCGAGAGCCUCAAGAAGGGAAUCAUGGUUAUUUGCGACGGCCGUGUCCGUGGACCUAGCAUGCAAAAAACCACUGCUGAGUACCUCAACGAGGAUAUCUUCCUCCACCAAACCCAGCGCAUGAAGAUCAAGGGCGCUUACACUGCUUGGGACGGCCAGCAGAUGGACAUUGAAGUCUCCAAGGGCUUCUACAAAGGCAUCCCAUUCUACUGCAUCAUCAAAGAGCAGAACCAGGGAAAGCGGGAUAGUCUCAUCGUCAUUCGAUCUUUCCUAUACAAGUUCAAUAUUCGCGCUCAGAAUCCCAGCACGCUCUUCUCCCGCGAGUUCCUCGACUCCAUGACAACCUGGCUUACCGACGACAUCAAGGUCGGCUCAAUUGACUACCUCGUUGGCAUGGACGCUGACACCGUUUUCGAGGAAAGGUGCAUCUUCGAGCUCCUCAAGGAGUCAAAGUACCCAAACACUGUCGGCGUCUGCGGCUUCGUCGCCGUUGACUUCAAGGACUGCAACUGGAAUCUCUGGUCCAUAUACCAAUCCGCCGAGUACACUAUCGCGCAGGGUCUCCGCCGCUUGCACCAAUCCAUUGCCACUAAGAAAGUCUCUUGUCUCCCCGGAUGUUGCCAGCUCCUCAAGAUCUGCGAAGAGACGUGCGGCGACCUUGUCCUGGUCGAUCGCUUCGGCUACCACCCGCAACCCAUGGACGGCAUGAUCAAGCAUAUCCGGGCCACAGCCUCUGAAGAUCGCAACCACAUCUGCCAGCUCUUCGUCACUUUCCCCCACGCGCAAACUCGCCAGGCCUUGCGUGCGCGAGCCCACACCGAUGUCCCCCACUCGUGGAACGUCUUCCUUUCUCAACGACGGCGUUGGACGCUCGGCGCUACGAGUAAUGACCUACUCCUCUUUACUUCUCGAAACUGCCAGUGGUGGGAGCGCAUCGUCGCAUUCUCUAACGUGAUCACCUGGUCGCUGAACGUGUUCGUCAUUGCGUCAAUUGGUUGCAUGAUCCUUGCUUUCAUGAGCCAGCCGUGGUGGCUCAUUCUCUCCUUUGCUGGCGUCAUGGUCAUUCCUCUCAUCUACUACAUUAUUAUGGUAAUCUGGUUGCCCCGCAACCUCAUAGAGCGCGCUCAGUUCCUCCUGGGCUUAUUCAUCUUUGUCUUCUUCGGACCCUUCCUCAAUAUCGCCGUCAUGGUCUACGCAGUCAUCAACAUGGACAAUUUCGGUUGGGGCAAGACCAGAAAGGUUCUCAAAUGA